AUGUCCGUGGUGCAAGCUUCUUCAGUACCGGGGCGACACGACAACCGUCGGCGGGAUAAGGUUGAAGGCAGCCCGACGAAGAUUCCCUACACCCUCGGUGACAGUCACGGGGAGGCGAUCCUAACUCUGAUCGACGAUCUGGUCGGGAUCGACCCCGAGCACGCCGUCGCGUACGUCGGGAACUACCGCGGUAGCUUCGCGCCGCUGCUAGAAGCCAAGUUCGCGUUACGAAUUCUGAGUUUUGUUGUAUUGGCUCCGAAGGUGAAGCGGGUGCACCUCGGGGUACAGGCCGGCGCCAUCCCCCUGAGAAGAUCGCUCCCCGCCAGCGCUGUGUACCCCAACACGCAGGAGGACUUCACCACUGUGGCGGGUGCCAUUCCCGUCAAGUCGUCAGGAAACUUCCUCAGUGACGCGGGAAAGGCGGUGCCGUACGACAGAGUGGUGUUCUAUGACGCGCUGGGUAGUUUGGAGAACACGGGCAGCAUGUUCGACCACGUGGCCAACAUGUUAACAGAAGACGGGAAAAUUAUCAUCAUCCAUCGGCCCGUAGGCUUGUGCUCGCUGCCCCUCCCGGCCGCCGGGUACAAACUGCUGCAGGAGACCAGCGUGUCGUCCAACAAGCUGACGGAAGAGCUUCGCGCCAACGGGUUCGUCAAGGUCACGUGCGAGGUCAGGACUGUUCCCGUUCGGAUAGACAAACAAAGGUACCUGGCUAUGAUGAGAGAGGGCUACCCUCCGCCCAUGGACCGGGUGAAGGGCCGAGAUCUCGCGAGAGCGGUCCGUGAACUGGACACCAGGAUCAAGGAAGAACUUCUGGAGUUCAGGGACAGGAUGGUCGUCAUCAGCGCAUGCGCAGGACGCCCCUCGCUUUGGAAGAAGUUUGAGCACAGACCGAACUAUAACCCGGGCCCCGCCGAUCUGUUUGGGCAUUUCUAGUGAUUACAUCAGAGAAUCUUGAUAAAUUUGUCCUCCUGUAAUAGAGCUUAAAAAGCAAUUGGCAGCGUUUCUGCAUCAGAUCUAUAUUAUCUAUCAAUAUCUGCAUCCUUGCAGUCUGUAUAAGCGCUUAGGGUUGGAGGGCUACACACGGACACA